CGGGAAUUCGAGGCUUUCGCGAAAGACUCAUAGGUCUCGUGCAGUACUUGUUGUGGGACGACCAGUGACGCAAUGAGGAAGCGCUAUGCGCCGUAAAUCCGAGGCCAGCCGGGUGCAACCGAUGGGCACCAAGAUUUGCUGACCGCGUACACAUGGCUUGGCUUGUUUUGCUUUGUUUACAUCGUAAACUGUCAUCUCUCGCGAGUGUGUACAUCGUUGCAACGAGUUUGGUUUGCUUUUUUGACAGCUUUAUCCAGAGCAGCAACCGGAUGCACCUGCAGUAAUCUGAGUCUUCUGUAAAGCCGAAUUGUCUGUCACUUUGUGGACGGCUGUGCGGCGCGGCGGGAAUGGCAGAGGACAGAUCCGAACGGGGCGAACCUCCGUCGAAGGUCCAACGUGACGGCGAGAGACCAGAGAGGGAGGUAGCGGUCGAUGUGCACGGUAUAAAUAUUAACCGGCUUCCAGAUGAAAUAAUGAUCAAUAUAUUUUCCUCCCUCGGCUUUAACGAGCUCAUAGACAUUGUACAAAAUGUUUGCUUGCGUUGGAGGCGACUGGCACAUGACCCGACACUCUGGCUUGACAAGGAGUACAUCGUCAGGGGAAGAUCCAGCAUACUCCAAGGAAAGAGUUGCUGUGGGGUCAUCUGUUCAAAGUGCAUCCACUGCAGAUGUGAAAGUACUGAUGAACAGGUCCUACAGACAGCAGAAAUGGUUCCACAGCUGCGUACAUUAACGUUGAUGCGGAAAAUUAAAGUCGACAUCUUCCGCAAAAUCUGCGCAAACUGGCCGAACCUCACUUGUCUACAGGUUGAUUUCAGGCAGGAGAUGACUUACUCACUAAUGAAACAUAUAUUUGAGAAGUGUCCAAGAAUAAAGAAGCUGAAACUGUGGACAACCAUGCUGAUUGACCAAAGGUGUAUGGAAUUGUUGUCCACCUUGGAACAUUUGAGCACUCUGCAGGUGCUCCUGGACAAGCUUCAUUUGACGCCCGUAAAGCUCCGUCUGUUGUCUGAUGCCUGUCCACGACUGAAGGAGAUACACAUCGACUGGAACUAUUUUGCCCCACAGGACUUUGAGUACUUCUUGAAGGCAAACAAGCAUACCCUAACUUCCGCCACACUGCUUUGGACAGUGGGAAAAGAGCAGCAGAAGACGUCUGUUGUGCCUCUGCUGAAACAGUGUAGCACUUCACUCAGAAAACUGCGGCUGGUGUGUUUUGACACACCGCGUGCGAUGGAGGCUGUGGCAUUUGAAGCUCUCGGAGAACUGCACGGUCUGCACGAGCUGUCCAUCCAGUAUCUGAGUACAUAUGAACCCCAACUGAUCUCUCGUGCAUUUCGGCCUGGAUGUCUGACACAGCUGCGACGGUUGCUGAUGCAGUAUACGACUGACCUUCUGGAUGAGACAGUGAUUGCCAUUUCCCAGGGCUGUCCUAACCUGCGAGAGCUGAGGCUAUGCGCCUCGUACAAACUUACCGACGUAGCACUGAGUGAGAUACACUGUCUGAGACAUUUGGAAAUAUUGGAGCUUUCCCGGUGCAAUGGGCUGAGUGGCACUGCCAUGGCUUAUAUUUCACAGCUACCAUCUCUGCACACACUAAUUCUUCAAUGCACUGAGGACUUGGCUAAACUACAGCCAAGCCUUCGACUCAUUGUGGAAUUGAAGGAGCUACAGUGUCUCGAUAUAUUGAGGAGCGGCAAUAUCAAAGCUGUGCCAUUUGGUGAAUUUCCCAACAGGCUAUUGAAGCUCAGGGAACUACGUGUGACAUAUGAGAGUGAAAAUGAUUUCACUGAGCUGCAAUGUAAAAUGCCGAAUCUCAAGAUCUCCAACACUGCCUGGCUGACAGAGGAUGAUUUCCCAAAAGACGAAGAUGCAGAUUACUGUCACCGUGACGGAUGAUUUAUAAUCCUUGUUCACAAUUUGGUUGCAUUACCUGUAAUUAUGCCCGUGAAGUUUCUGUGUCCUCCUCCUGUUGUUCUCUGACUAUUAAUGGACAUAACAAACAUUCGUUAAAUAAACAGCAGAACAUUGCAGCAACUGGGUA